AUGGCUGUUGAGUCCGCUGUCUUGACCCCCGUGGCUGCCACGACUCCGGUUGCCAAUCCGGAAAGCGAAAAACAUGCUAAGGCUCUUCAAUUUAUUGAAGAUAUGACCAAGAAUUGUGGUGCAGUGCAAGAAAGGGUUAUUGGUGAAAUUCUGAGCAGAAAUGCUAAUACUGAGUAUCUGCAGAGAUUUCAACUUAAUGGAGCUACGGACCGCGAUACUUACAAGGCUAAGGUCCCUAUCGUUAAGUACGAGGAUCUUCAGCCGGAUAUCCAACGUAUUGCCAACGGUGACCGCUCUCCUAUCCUCUCGUCCCACCCCAUCUCGGAAUUUCUUACGAGUUCUGGGACGUCUGCCGGAGAAAGAAAGCUCAUGCCAACAAUUGCUGACGAGAUGGACCGCAGACAGCUGUUAUACAGCCUUCUCAUGCCCGUGAUGAACCUCUAUGUGCCAGGACUAGACAAAGGGAAGGGCCUUUACUUUCUUUUUAUUAAAGCUGAAACCAAGACUCCAGGUGGGAUAGUGGCACGUCCAGUCCUCACGAGUUACUACAAAAGUGAACAAUUCAAGAAGAGGCCACAUGACCCUUUCUUGGUGUACACUAGCCCUAAUGAGGCCAUUCUUUGUGCUGAUUCAUUCCAAAGCAUGUAUACACAAAUGCUAUGUGGCUUAAUCAUGCGCGAAGAGGUUCUCCGAGUCGGGGCAGUUUUCGCCUCCGGCCUACUCCGGGCCAUCAAAUUCCUUCAACUCAACUGGAAACAACUUGCUGAUGAUAUCUCGUCUGGGAUAUUAAACCCUAGAAUUACAGACUCUUCUAUAAAGGAAUGCAUGUCCAAAAUUCUCAAACCUAACCCUGAACUUGCUCAGUUUAUUACUAAGGAAUGUGAAGGUGAGAAUUGGGCCAGCAUCAUCCCUAGAAUCUGGCCAAACACAAAGUACCUUGAUGUGAUUGUUACUGGUGCAAUGGCUCAAUACAUUCCUACCCUUGAUUAUUACAGUGGUGGGCUACCACUCCCCUGUACUAUGUAUGCCUCAUCUGAGUGUUAUUUUGGGCUCAAUUUAAAGCCAAUGACCAAGCCUUCUGAAACAUGUUACACCAUCAUGCCUAAUAUGGGAUACUUUGAGUUCAUUCCACAUGACCCAGUCAAUCCCAUGCCACUGUCACGUGACUCUCCGCCACGCCUAGUUGACCUGGCUGACCUGGAGGUGGGAAAAGAAUACGAGCUUGUGAUCAGCACUUACUCAGGGUUGUGUCGUUACAGAGUUGGUGACAUUCUCUUAGUCACGGGGUUCUACAACUCGGCACCCCAGUUCAAGUUCAUAAGGAGAAAGAAUGUGCUCUUAAGCAUUGACGCAGACAAGACGGAUGAGUCAGAAUUACAAAAGGCUAUUGAAAAUGCUUCUGAGCUACUAAAUGAAUUCGAUACUAGAGUAGUUGAGUACACUAGUCAUGGAGAUACUAAGACUAUCCCAGGACAUUAUGUUAUUUACUGGGAAUUGCAUGUAAAAGACCCAGAAAAUGCUCCAACUCAUGAGGUCUUGAACAAAUGCUGCUUGGUUAUGGAAGAGUCAAUGAAUUCUGUCUACAGGCAAGGUCGAGUAGCGGACAACUCAAUUGGACCACUGGAGAUAAGGGUGGUGAAAAAUGGCACAUUUGAAGAGCUCAUGGACUAUGCAAUUUCAAGGGGUGCUUCAAUUAAUCAAUACAAGCCUCCUAGAUGUGUCAAUUUCGCACCCAUUCUUGAACUGUUAGAUGCCAGGGUGGUCUCGGCUCAUUUUAGCCCCUCUGCCCCACACUGGACCCCAGAACGUCGAGGUUGA